CACCCUUCACGAGAAGAACUUCAGCAGAUACCCUGGUGCUGGUGGUAGGGAUGCUGCUGGUAGUGUGGUUUGGGGACGGGGGAGGGGGGAGGGCAGCCUUUGGCAGGGUCACAAGCUAUUUCCUUAAAUGGACUUAUGAAAACCAUACGGCAUUGGGGAAACCACUAGCCCCGACCCCCUUUCCCCCCCAAAAAAAACCUUGACUCACACUCUGUUAUUACCCGCCCCCCUCUUCCAAAAACAAACGUCUGUAGCCCUCCCUCUCUGUCUCCCUUUUCUCCUCCAGAGGAGAACCAGAGGAAAGUUCCAUCUCAGUGCAACAGUGCUGACGGCUGCAGGGAGGAUUGCUAGCGGCUGUUAGAGUACUUUGCUGAGGAGGACCUCUCUUGCCCCUGCAGAAGAGAAAUCCACAGACAGAGGCGAGCCAGGAAGUCAGCCAGUCGGACAGGCAGUGGGGAAGCGGGUCCAGAGGAGAAUGCAUUUUGUUGUGUACCCCUGUCUGCUGGCGCUGGCCCUGCUGUGUAGCUGGUGCCCACUGGGGGCUCAGAGCCAGGAGCUCCAGGAGCAGGAUGCUCUCUGCAACGGCGAGGGCUGCUACGCCGUCUACUUCCAGCGCAAGACUUUUCGGGACUCCUGGAGAACCUGCAAGGAGAAAGGAGGCAACCUGGCCACGGUGAAGACAGCAGAGGAGGCAGAGCUGAUCCACGAGCUCCUCUCCUCCACGGAGCCCCGGAGCCAGCGGGUCAGGUUACGCCUGUGGAUUGGGCUCCAGCGCCAGCCCCGCCAGUGCUCGGCCACGCGCCCGCUGCGGGGCUUCACCUGGACGACUGGCGAGCAGGACACGGAGUACACAAACUGGCAGCGGGACGACCUGCCCAGCACCUGUGCCGCCCCUCGCUGUGUGGUCAUGACGCACAACACCGCGGAUAAAUCCCGCAGCAACCGGGACAACUUCAAAUGGCUGGACGGCUCCUGCGCUCUGGCUGUGGAUGGCUUCCUGUGCCGUUUUGCAUACCGUGGCAUGUGCUCGGUACUGGAGAGUGAAGGCGGAGGGCCUGCGCGUUACACCACGCCGUUCAACCUGAUCAGCACCCUGCUAACCCACAUCCCCUUCGGCUCCAUGGCCACACUGCCCUGCCCAGAGGGCACCAAGGAGGACCAGGCUAUUCUGUGCAUGCUGAAGGAGGACGGAACCGUGGCCUGGUCGAAGGAGGCACCACUUUGCUCAGACGCCCCCGAGAACUCGUGCGAGGUCGAGAACGGAGGCUGCGAGCACCUUUGUUUGAACGCGGACGGAUACUCCUACUGCGCAUGCUCUGCCGGAUACGAGCUGGAGGAGGACGGGCAGAGCUGUCAGCAGACGGAUUCAUGCCUCGGUACUCAGUGCGAGUUUCACUGUGAGCCGACGGCCACCGGAUAUCGCUGCACGUGUCCGAAUGGGUACCUCCUGGCACCUGACGGGAAGAGCUGCUUGGACAUUGACGAGUGCAAGCAGCAGCCUUGCCCACAGGUGUGUGUUAACGCCCCGGGGACGUUCGAGUGCCGCUGCCUGGAGGGCUACCGGGCUGAUGAGAAUGGGGAGUGUGUGGAUGUGGAUGAAUGCCAGGAGGACAGCUGCGAACAGCUCUGCAUAAACACACCUGGAUCCUUUGAAUGCCUAUGCACUGACGGCUACACCCAGAUACCCGAGGACCCAGUCCGCUGCCAAGACAUUGACGAGUGCCAAAACUUGGACAGCUGUCAGCAAAUAUGCCAAAAUUACAUGGGAGGGUUUGACUGCCAUUGUGAAGAAGGAUAUGAGCUGGAGGAUGACUAUAACACCUGCAGGCCAAUGCUGGAGGACACGCAGACCACGUCCGCAACAGUGCCCACUGAACCCACAGCCAACACUAUGGGCCAUGUGCUGCCUGAACUCUCCUGGUCUCCCAGAAUGCCUGACUGGCUGAUAGAUCCCACACCUCUGGAGUGGCUGACUGAGUUGCCUAAUCUGGAGUGGAUUCCCACUGAUCUGGGCUGGUUUACGGACAGCCCAUCAGAAGAGUCCACAACACAGGCACCGUACGCCGUACAGCCAGCUCAGGAAAUCCUCACUCAGGAAAUCCUCACUCCUUCCUUUGACUUUGAGGUGGACGUCACUUCAGGCACGCCCUUGCAGGUGGCUGACAGUGAUUCUGUAGACUCGCACACAUCACCAGACAACUCCUCACCCAGGUUAAGAGAAGACGAGGUAUUCCUGUCUGAAGAGGCAGGUGACAGAGUAAGGGCAUCUCCCUCCCCACCGCAAGAUUCCCCACCACAAGGGUCCGCUGCGGAGAACCAACCAGGCGGUGGGAAGCGGAAACACGACAAAAGCUGGUUGCUCGUGGCCCUCCUGGUACCACUCUGCGUGUUCAUUGUUGUCAUGUUGGCACUGGGGAUCGUGUACUGUACCAGUUGUGCCGUGGAGCCACGCAGCAAAGGGAGAAAAGACUGCUACCGAUGGUUCAGCGCGUCAAAGCCCGCAGAAGCAAGCACGGCCAAGACACAGGCCUGAGCCAGAGAACAGAGCCGAGUGUUUGCACAAAAACAGUUCAAGUAGAUGGAGAUGCAGGGUUUAAACAAACACUUCCACAAAUGGUGCUUUGCUGUUUUCCACUAAUGACAUCGUCUUACCUGACAAAAUCCUGUGGAAAUCUCUGGGGGCGAGGAUAAGGGUAUGGCCCUGACUAUUGUUUGUGUAGGCUAUCCUUGUAAUUAUUAUAAUUAGAGACAAGUGCAUUUGUGUGUUUGAAAUGGAUUGUAUUCUUUUUUAUUUUUCAAUGUACAGAGGCCAAAUCAGUGAUUAUACAUAUCUCAUUGGACAGACUUAUUGACAACAAAGCCCCAUGUUUAGAUGUAGUGGUGUAAAUAGAAAAACUCUGACUGAUUGACUGAUUUAUUGUGAAGUACACUUUUUUAAGAAUAUCAUUUUGAAACAAGACAUAUUAUGUAUACCUCCUGUGUUGUUUAUUUCAGUUAGUCCAGCCCUGUGUCCUACCUGAACAAAAAAGUCUAGUGCAGUACAGUCGGUCUACAUUUGAAAACGUGCCACCAUGAUGUCUUCAUGUCCAGACAAGAAGAUUUUAUUGGAAAUAGAAGGAAAAUAGUAAGAACUUCAGGACAACUAUACUGUCUCUCUAAUUCAGGCGUUACUGCCUUCGGGGAAUUCAACUAUGGAGUAUUAGUGCCCUCUAGCAGCUGUCUGGCUGUAUUGCAUGCAACACUUAUUUGGAUCGAGGCUAUAAAAGUUUAGUUUAAUGGUGAGUCAAUCAGAAGGGUCAUGUACUUGUGUAAAAUAUCAUGCUUCACACCCAUAGCACUGAAAUAUAUAAAAAUCUUGUUGUGAACAAAAAGGAAAUAACAUUUAGUAAAACGAAAA